AUGAAUCGAGAACUUGAACAAACCUCUUCGGAUAAUAUUCGUAAAUGUAUUCGAUUACUUAAUACUAUCGCAACAUUUCAUAUGAGAGAAUUAAAUUAUGAAAUAGCAAAGAAAGUUUUUGACGAUGCUAUUUCACUUUAUAAUCAAUACCAAGAAGUCACUUUGACAAAAGAUGAAGUACUGGAAAAUUUAAUGAUAGCGGUGUACUUCAAUUUAGCUAGAUUGCAUUAUCGUCAAGAAGCUUGGACAAUAGCUUUGAAAAUCUUUCAAAAAUCACUUAAUAUGGUUUUUGAACAAGAUCAACAACAUCCACAGUUAGCAGAAAUUUAUAAUUGUUUAGAAUUAACUUAUGCGCAUAGAAAAGAUUGUUUGAAAGCAAAACAUUAUCAUAGAUUGGCUGUAAAAUUAGCUGAAAAAAUUCUUCCAUAUGGCCAUCCAGAUCUUCAACGAUAUCAGUAUCAGUUAGAAAUAACUCUACUUCAGCUCAAUAGACUUGGUAUCCAGCAUUCAUUAUAA